AUGACUGUGCCACGCGACAUUCAACAUACUGAAGCUCCAGCUCCAGGCGGCGCUUCAACAUGCCUUUCUAAACAACCUCAUGGCGAGAACAGCGUUUUGAUCAAAUUAAUCGAAAAAAUCGCUGAAGAAGAUCCAGAAAGGCCAUUUGUGUUGAUGCCAUCAUCCGACAAGGCUCAAGAUGGUUGGAAACCCGUCACCUUUCUCCAACUAAACAACGCCAUCAAUUAUCUCGCCUACUCACUUUCAAACACCAUCACCAGAUCACCUGACGAUGAAGAAUUUCCCACUAUUGCCUACAUCGGCUCCAACGAUAUACGUUACGCGAUAAUCGUUUUUGCGUGCAUCAAAGCUGGAUUCAAAGCCCUCUUCAUUUCGCCUCGCAACACAACUGCUGUUCAGCUCUCGCUCUUUGAAAACACGCGUUGCCAUGUCUUGUACUGCACCGAGUUAAUGAAAGCGAUGAUGGAACCCUGUCUGGAUCAGCGCCGCAUGCAGGUUUGCGUUAUCGACAGUCUGGACCAUUUACUCAACGCGAGCACUUUAUCAUUUCCUUAUGACAGAUCCAUCGAUCAAUCUCGCUGGGAUCCCCUCGUUGUUCUGCACACUAGCGGAUCAACGGGAAUUCUCAAACCAAUCCUUGUGCGACAGGGAACAUUUUAUGCUUUUGAGAAUAUGCUACGAAAAGGCCCACACCAAGGUUGUCCCUUUGCUCUGGCAGAUUGGGGAGAAAAGGGAGUCAAAGCUCUUCUCUCAAUGCCAAUGUUUCACGGUGCUGGUGUUUACGCGACGAUAUCGAGCAUCUUCACUGGUAGCACCACUGUUAUGCCGAUUAUGAACAAACCCUUGAGUGCUGAAUCAGUGUUGGAAAGUCUAGAGUAUUCUGGUGCUCAAGGUGUCGUUCUACCCCCCUCAAUCGUUGAAGGUAUCGCGGCCUCCGAGAAGGGCAUUGAGGCAUUGACUAAACUUGAGUUCUUGAAGUUUGCAGGAGGUAAUUUAUCUCCCGCAGUUGGGGAUGCGUUGGUAGAAAGAGGUAUAAAGCUCGGCAGUCUCAUUGGAUCGACAGAAGCAUUCCCAUAUGCACUGCAUUCCCCAAUCGACCCGAAGCUCUGGCAAUACUUCGUCUUUGAUAGCGAAACCAUGGGAAUCGAUUGGCGUCCAUGUGGACCAAACGAGUAUGAACAGGUCAUCUGCCGCAAAGACCCAUCGGACCCCGGAAAUCAAGCCAUUUUCUAUGUAUUCCCUGAGCUCUCAGAGUGGGACACAAAAGACAUCUUCCGGCCUCACCCUACAUUGAAAGAUCACUGGCUUCACGUAGGCCGUGCGGAUGAUAUCAUUGUCUUCUCCAACAGCGAGAAAUUGAAUCCCGUUUCUAUUGAGGCUGCCGUCUCUGGCCAUCCACUCGUCAAGGGAGCCCUUGUCGUGGGUCAGAUGAAGUUUCAGGCAGCUCUGAUCAUUGAGCCGGUUGAUGAGGCUGUACCGAAGAACGAGAACGAAGCCCAAGCCUUCAUUGAUCAAAUCUGGCCUGUGAUUGAAAGGGCCAAUUCUGAAACGGUGGCCCAUGGACGAAUCACCAAGAACCUUGUUGCUAUCGCGGACCCCUCAUUGCCCUUCUUUCGAGCCGGCAAAGAGACGGUCCAACGAGCAUCCACUAUCGCGCUGUACAAGGACUUUAUCGAGUCUUUGUACGAAAAGGCUGAGGUUGAAGAAGGUGACGCCGAUUCGGUUGUUCUCAAUCUUGACAAUGAAGCAAAUCUUGCCCAGUCUAUCAUUUCAGCAUUUCAGACCAAGCUUGGAGUCGACAGUCUGGAACCCGCCACAGACUUUUUCUCUGCAGGAAUGGACUCGUUGCAGAUCAUGACUGCUACCAAGAUUUUCAAGGCCGCGCUUCGUUCAGAAAACAUCGAGACAACGGCAUUUGUGCCCCAAGUACUCUAUCGAUAUCCUACGGCCCAAAAACUCUCACGACACAUUCUCGCUAUUCGAGAUGGUUCCGUAGAUCACGAUUCUAUGACAAAGGAGAUCGCUGAAACCGAGAGACUUGUGAGCAAGUAUACUGAGAAUCUUCCUGCUUCUAAAGCCAACAAGACGUCCCCUGAGGAGCACAAUCAAACCAUUAUUCUCACUGGAACCACCGGCUCUUUGGGCGCCUACAUACUCGACACUCUCUGCAGACUCCCUACUGUAAAGACGAUCAUCGCUCUUAACCGUGCCGACGACGGUGGUGCGUCCCGACAGCCAUCGACCAACGAAAGUCGUGGCCUGACCCAAGACUUUUCCAAAGUGGAAUUCCUCCACGCAGACUUGUCUUUGCCAGACUUGGGUCUUGGCAAAUCCAAGUACGACAACCUUCUCGGGAGUGUCGAUCGUAUCAUCCACAACGCAUGGCCAGUGAACUUCAACAUCAGCGUAUCAUCGUUUGAGAGUUCUAUUCGUGGCGUCCGUCAUCUUGUCGACUUUUCCGCUGCGGCAGACAAGGAUGUGCCCAUUGUUUUCAUUUCGAGCAUUGGUACAGCAGAUGGCUGGAGUUCCUCUGACAAGGUUCCUGAAGAGGCACUCAAUGACAUAACUUUACCUCGGAUGGGCUACGGCCGCUCCAAGCUUGCUGCAAGUCUGAUACUGGAUGCGGCUGUUGAAAAGUCUGGUAUUCAUGCUGCUUCAGUGAGAGUCGGACAAAUUGCAGGACCAAGAGCUAAGACGGGUAUGUGGAAUCGACAGGAAUUCAUCCCAAGUUUAAUUGCAAGUUCGGUUUAUCUAGGAGUUUUACCCGAUUCUCUUGGACCUCAGCAAGAAAUCACAUGGACACCAAUUGAGGAUGUCUCGGGUCUAAUUUUAGACAUCGCUGGCAUUACGGCUCCCAAGUCCGUAACAGACAUUUGUGGAUAUUUUCAUGGUGUGAACCCUUCAAUCGCGGACUGGUCUGAUAUUGCGCCUGCAGUGAAGAACUUUUACAGGGAUGGGAUGAAGAUUGUCAGUUUGGAGGAGUGGGUUGACAAGUUGGAAGCUAGUGCAAAGGACAAGAACUUGUAUUUAGACAGGAACCCUGGUGUCAAGCUAAUCGAUACGUACCGUGGACUGUUGGAGGCUAAGAAGGCGGGUAAGGUUCUGAGGUUUUCCAUGGAACGGACUAAAAGCCACAGUCCAACGAUCCGAGAGGCUGGACCAGUCACUCCGGAUCUGAUGAUCAAUUGGUGUCGCCAGUGGGGGUUUUAA